CCCACCCACCCCUCUUUCACUAGCACCGCGGGAUUCGAAGCCAGGUUCCCUCCCACCCAAACCCUACGGGGAAUUCCAUGCCUCGCUCCUCCGGAUCCUGGAGCCGCAGAUCCGAGCGCCUCCCCUCCCCUCCGAUGGAUCCCGCUGCCGCCGGCGCCGGCUCGUGGGACACGGAGCUCGCGUGGCACCUCCUCACCGUGCUCAUCCGCAUCGGCCGCCCCGCCGCCGCCGCCGAGCUCGCCGCCGUGGCGUCCACGACUACGGCGGGCGCCGUGACGCCGCAGCACGUCGAGCGGCUGUGCCACGCCCCCGGAUCGCCGCUCCACUCCUCCGGCGGCACGGUGACCGUCUCGGCGACGGCCGUCGUGGCGUUUCUGAGGUUCCUGGGGUGGGACGUGCCGGCGGUCCCGAGGGUGAGGCUUAGGCCCUUCGACUUGAGAAGCAGGUGCGGGGAGCUGUCGAUUAGGUAUGAGCGCAAGCGGAAGGCUCCAGACGCGGAUCGCUUCGGCGUGAAGAGGCGCCUCCAGAUGGAGGCCGAUGCAGGCCAAUUUUGUGCAGAUUUGGUAGAACACGAGCAGCAGCAGCCGAUUGUGCCAAGCUGUUCCUCAGUUGCUACUGGAGAGGCACACCUGGAGGUUAUGCAAGACAUGCUUCGAUCUGAACUUAAUGAGUUUCUUGGAGUCAGGAAUGACAAUCUUCUUGAGAGCAUGACACCUACACUGGUGUGGAAGGAGUUGUCGGUUGCUCCAUUUAUUGACAUUCCUUCCCUCUGUGCUGAGAAAUCAGAGAACAUCCAUACAGCAGUUGAGAUUAGUAGGAUUGGUGAACCAGAAGGAGCACUUUCAUAUUAUAACUGCCGAGUAGAGGAUAGUGAGGAUCUAGAAAAGAAGUCCAGCCCCCUUCGUAUGAUAGUGGAAGUGCCUUUAGUUGGAGAUACAAAAAUUUGGCUUGAUGAGGAUCUAAAUCUUUUUCACACAAAACCGUGCAGUCCAUCUCUCAAUUGUGAUACACAGUUAGUAGACAGUAUAGUAAGAACCAGUGUGAUGCCUGACCAAGCAGCUGUACAAAAUGACAGCUCAAAUGCUGGACAGGGUGAGGAGAUCCCAUCUUGUGGUCAGGAUGCUAAUAUUUGUGUUGUCCAGUCUGCUACAUACACCAAAGCAGAACCUCUAUUACAGGAACCGAUUCAUGAAAUAAACAAAAGUUCAUGUCAACCAUCUCUGGGCACAAAAGUUGACCCGACAGCAUUGCCGCUAGAAGCGACGAGCCAUGAUUGUAUUAACCCAUCUUGUGGUCAGGAUGCUAAUAUUUGUGUUGUCCAGUCUGCUACAUACACCAAAGCAGAACCUCUAUUACAGGAACCGAUUCAUGAAAUAAACAAAAGUUCAUGUCAACCAUCUCUGGGCACAAAAGUUGACCCGACAGCAUUGCCGCUAGAAGCGACGAGCCAUGAUUGUAUUAACAAUAGAAACUUGAACAUUGUUGCUGAAAAUGUUGAUAGCACAUACCUAAAGGACAGAGAGCAGCCACAUAAGGAAGUGAGCACCAUUUUUCUGAAGAAGGAGCAAGACAGAAAGAUGUUGAAGCAACGGGAGAAGCGCAAGAAAAAUGAUGCGCUGCCCAAAGAAGAUAAGGAUCAACUUGCAGAAAAUGCUCAAAAGGGCCAUGCAGAACCAAAACCGUUGCCUAGCUUCAAGAAUUUUGUCGUAGAAGAGGAGGAAGGGUCAGGAGGUUAUGGGAUCGUUUAUAGGGCUCGAAGAAGCACAGAUGGAAAAGUAUUUGCCAUAAAAUGUCCUCGUGAGAAAGCUCAUUCACAUCAUGUUGACAAUGAACGGAAGAUGUUGGAACGAUUUGGAGGCAAGAGUUUUGUGAUUAGAUAUGAAGGCUGUCUUAGGAGUGGUGAACUAGACUGCUUUAUUCUAGAACAUGUUAAGCAUGACAGACCAGAGAUUCUCAAAAAAGAAAUAAAUGUCUUUGAGUUGCAGUGGUAUGGGUAUUGUCUGUUCAAAGCUCUUUCAAGCUUGCAUAAACAGGGAAUAGUGCAUAGGGAUGUGAAACCGGGAAACUUCCUCUUCUCUCGUGACCAGACAAAGGGAUAUCUUGUUGACUUCAACUUAGCAAGUGAUCUUCACCAUAAGUUCUUGAAAAACAGUAAAUCUGAGACAAUGUCAUGUGGGAAGGAUACCGCAUCUCAAUCUUCGUUGAAAUCUUCUCUAGUGAUUAAUGCCAAAGAAGCAGCAGCUGACUCAAAACAACCUCUUGGGCCCAAGAGGAAAAGAUCAAAUAAAAUCCCUGUGGGCGGUGAUCCUAGGAUUGACAACAAAAGUAGGCAUGGUAGCCAAGCUGCUGAUGCAUCUGGUGUAACCUCCGCCAAGGAUCCUACAAGCGCGAAAACAUCAUUAGACAGGUUAAAGCAGCCAAUGCCUUACAAAGGGCGGAAGGAAUUGAUGAACUUCUUGCAGGAGGCAAUGCACAGUCCCAAACAAAAUGUACCAGCAGCUCCAGUUUCCCAAAGGAAGAGGGUUGCUGCUCCUGUUGGUAGUGCAGAUCGGAAGUUAGUUGUACUUACUCCAAUGCCCCUGCGUUGUGAUGGUAAUGCUGUUGCCGGUUCUGGAACUAUUAACAGCAAAGGUCAUGGAAAACAGCGAAGAGAAGGUCCAUGUGUUGGAACUAAAGGAUUCCGAGCUCCAGAGGUUCUUUUGAGAUCUUCUCAUCAGAGUUGCAAAGUUGAUGUCUGGUCGGCUGGGGUGACACUCCUGUACUUCAUAAUCGGCAAAGCACCUUUCGGCGGAGAUCCUGAACAGAACAUGAAAGAAAUAGCGAAGAUCAGAGGCAAUGAAGAAUUAUGGGAAGUAGCAAAACUGCACAACUGUGAAUCCUCGUAUCCACAGGAGCUAUUUGACGUCAAAUUGCUGCAGUCGGUGGAUCUCAGGGAGUGGUGCAUGGUGAACGCCCGCAGGCCGGAACUCCUCGACGAGGUCCCUGACUCGCUGUUCGAUCUCGUGGACAAGUGCCUGACGGUUAACCCCAGGUGCAGGAUCACAUCGGAGGACGCUCUGUCACACGAGUUCUUGGCUCCGUGCCGUGAAAGCCUCAAGAAGAACGCGCUUAGGAUUAGGUCAGCAUCAUCUUCUCACCCUCCUCCAUGCUUGCCUCGAGAUGCCAUGGUUAACGCGAACGGGUUGUAGCACUCGUUUCAAACCUCACUUGACCUGUUUUGACCUGAGUAAGCUUAAAGCUGAAACUGGUAACUGACGCGCCGUGUGUGCCAAUAGCUUGUUUAAUCUGUUUAUUACUGAUGUAAAUGCUGUAAUAAUCUAAUUUUCCCGUGAGUGCUGACAAGGUUGUUAUUAUAA